GCUGUCAUCGUAAUGGAAAUUCACUGUUGUAGCCAUGGCAAAUCGAGUUUCUGCUCUGCCCUGAAUGCAUUAGUUUAAUGAGAUGUUUGCAGCUGGAACACUAGGCUGCUGGAGUCUUAGUUUACAAGGAAAAGCGUUGCAAAGAUGGGCUUUGCCAGUUUAUUGUGCCUGUGCAAUAAAUGUGUUCCUGCCUUGACUACUUUAGAGGUUUAACGUUGUAGUCUAGCUAAACAGUUGCUAUCCUGAACAGCAUUGCUACUCCCUUGCCACCACAAUCUGAAGAGAGUGAAAUGCAGUCUGCAAUGAAAGUGGCUUCAGAGCAUACACCAGGGCGAAGAGGAAGGAAACCAGGAAGAAAACGGAGACAGGAGCUCCUUCAGUCAGCUUUUAAACUGGCUGUGCAAAAUGUUGUGGCAGCUCCAUCUAAAAUUGUUUUACCGCUGAAAAUACCUAAAAAGAGAGGACCAAAGCCUGGAAGCAAGAGGAAGCCCCGUAUUCCACAAAAUCCUCCACCCGUCUCGCCCACCUUAAGCACUCCAGAGCCAGACACCAGCACCGUCCCCCAGGAUGCAGCGACUGUUCCCAGCUCAGCGAUUUCGCAAGCAUUGACAGUUUGCAUAUAUGUCAACAAACAUGCCUGUGUUGGGCCACAUCUUGAUAAAAAGAAAUUGCAACAGCUACCAGAUCAUUUUGGGCCUGCCAGAGCAUCCAUGGUCCUUCAGCAGGCUGUCCAAGCAUGCAUUGACUGUGCCUAUCAGCAAAAGGCAGUAUUUUCAUGUCUGAAGCAAGGCCAUGGAGGAGAGCUGAUAUCAGCAUCGUUUGAUGGAGAACAGCACACACUGAGUCUGCCAGCAGUCAACAGUAUUGUCUUCAUUCUGCGCUUCCUGGAGAAUCUCUGCCACAGUUUGCAUAGUGACAAUCUGUUUAGCAGUCAGCCAUUCACCAUAUACAACGCAACUUCUCAGACACCUGUGGAAUAUGAACAUGAGAGAAUGCACACAGAAUCUGUGAUACCAGAGGAUGACCUCAUUGGAGCUAUGGAAACCAGGUAUAGUGUGGACUCGAUGGAUUCUCCUGUGCACUUGAUGAAUCCCUCUAGCCCAUCAAGGCGUAACUCUGGAGAAUACAGGAAUGCAGGGUCCAUAUCCUAUAAUUAUCGCGCAUCCUAUCAGUCUUCCAAUGGACCUCCUUCUUCAGGCUUGCGUCGACUUUCCACCAACCCAGGUGGAGGAGGGGCCUUUUAUGAAUCAAAAGGAAGCAGUAAUGCAGCACCUAGUCCUGCCUCAGGCCCUGAACGACACAUGCUUUCUCAGGACUCCCUACGGUCUUCAAGCAGGCAUCCAUCUACCUGGACUGUGGAAGAUGUAAUGCGGUUUGUCAGAGAAUCUGACCCUCAGGCUUUGGGUCCACAUGCUGAACUUUUCAGAAAACAUGAGAUUGACGGCAAUGCUUUGAUCUUGCUGAAGAGCGACAUGAUAAUGAAGUACAUGGGACUGAAGCUGGGCCCUGCCCUGAAGCUCUGCUACCACAUUGAUAAGCUGAAACAGAGCAAAUACUAAACUACGAUGUAAACUGAAGCAGGACGAACAGAUGUCAAGUCAUUGUUUUCUUUUGCUUUUAUUUUCCUUCUGUGAAAGUGCACCAGCACUCCGAAACACUUCUCCUUACUACCGUUGUUCAGUAAUCUUCUGAUAUGUAUGAUGAAGAGGAGCUGGAAGCAAUUUGAUGCCUUGCAGCAAUACCACACACAGGGGCUGUUUUGUAGGUGAUCUCAUGUAUUGUUUCCAUCUCCGCACAAACAUAUCCAACACGUCAGCAGUGCAUGCAUUUUGAUUUCUUUCACACCCAGGAUCUGAGUGAAAAUGCCUGAGAUAUGAUCUGUGCAGUCCUUUUUGCCUGCCCCUGUUGUCGACUCAGUUAUCUGGAGGUAGCAUUUGAUUAAGUGGGUGUGUAGCAUUAUUGUACAAAUGUCAGAUUGAGUGAAGAAAUUACCUUUAACAUGUACAGUACAAGCAUAAUCUAAUUUUAGUUUUAAGGUGAAUGAAAUUGGCUUUAUGAAGUUAUAUUGAAAUGUGUACAUAAGUAUAUAAUUCUUCCCUACUACUGAAAGGUUAAUGUUUACUUAACAGAUGUGAUGGAACUCUAUAUAUGAUAAAGUCGGAAGCUUGCAGAAGGCAUUAUCUGUGGCACUCUGAUAUAUGUUGUGCAUAUAGAACAUGAUGUGUGGAUGUCGGAUUUUAUUUUGUUGAACUGAAGGACUUGUUUUGGGUUGAAUCCUGGACAGUUAUGAACGUGCUCGAGCAAAGAGCUUCACCACACUUGCAUCUGUAUACAGUGAUGGGCUUGGACUGAAACUGAUGUAUAUAGGGGUUUUUUGUGUUUUUAUUUUAUUGUAUAAUCCUCAAUAACAUUUAAUGGAACAGGUCAGUGAGCCAGUCAGGAUGAGCUUAAAUAUUGACAGGCAAUAGUUAACUCAAAACUGGACCAGGAAUAAAAAACAAUUACCACAGGCAAGUAUAUAUUCAAAUGUGGAUUUAACAAACAAGUGCACACAAAGGAUUGGGUUUAAGCAGGAACUGCACACUAGGAUGUAGAUUCGGUUGGUCAGUUUAUACUAGUGAAUGUAGAUUAUCAGGUAUAUAUUGGAACAGGGUGUAAUUAGUCAUAUUAUAUAUUGGACACUGGUGUCAAACGAGUGGCCAUUCUAUAGCACAAAGUGUGAUAACAGUUGGUGGUGAGUUGAUUUAGUGUUUGUAAGUUUGUAUUUCAGCAAAGCAUAAGCCAGAUGCCCAUUACAGAGCCACCUGAUUUUUGUUCCAUUGCAGCCAAUAUAAGGGGGCACUGUACAUAACUGGCAGCUGAUUUGUUACAGCCCAUUUUACAUCCACAUCUGAAGCAGGAAGCUGUGCCCAUACAAUUCUACAGCAAUUCACAGGUUUCCUUUCUCACUGCCAGAGUUUUUGAAUGGCCAUGUUAUUUUUAAAAAAUUCUAGCAUUUAAAAAUAAAAACUGGCAAUAAAGUCCUUCAGCCUCUGAGCAGUGAUGCAACUUGUGCUUGCUGUACAGACUAUUUAGUUAUAAGUGAUCACAUUUCAGGAGAUGUGGGAGUAAUUCUAGUGGGGGGGGGAGAAAUCAACAAAUAGCAUUAAUCAGAAAGUCAUACAGAAAGCACUUUACAUUCAUUCAGUGGGCAUGGGUAAGGCACGGAAGAUUUUAAAACAAUGCAACAUUUUUAAGCUGCUGCUUGAUCGAAGAAUUCAAUCAAUAAAUUUUCCAAACAUACAACUGGAUUAGUUUGUUCAUGAUGUGGAGCUUGGGUGCACUCAAAAUUGGAUUGGAGAUGCACCUCUGCCUCUUCCUCAAAGCCUGAGACUUUGAAAGUAACAAAUCUCCCACCACAGGAUUAUAUCGGGUAUCUGACACAAAACAGACCAUUUGGGACCAACCUGUCCCUACCAGUGUUUACGCACCAAUCAAGUUUAUUUCUUUUCAUCCUCCGUCAUCCAAAUCUAUAAUCAUAAAGACCUAGUUCCUUCUCAAUCUCAUGUUGCCUAGCUUGCCCUUAAAUUGUCUUGGCUUCAACCACUUCCUAGGAGUCCAUAUCCACAUCUAUUGUUUGUGCCACCUUUGGCGAAAAUAACAAUGAGAAGGAGAAACAUGGUGACGGCAAGACUGCAGUUUUACUGCCAAGCAGGCAGAGAGUUAAAGUUGGUCGUUGCCAGUCAGACUUAUGCUGCAAUGUUGCUGCAACGCUUGACAAUAUGAAGGGAAUGUUUUUAUCUUGGACUCAAGUUGACAUGACAUUUUUAUGGCUUCUCAUCAGAGACAAUUAGAUACCAGUUCUGUAAUGUAGUGCCUUGCUAAUUUUGUUUUACAUAUUGCCAGUAAGAAGGAAGGGGAUGUGUUUGAGUUGUUCGUAGUUUACAUCACAUAACGCGCAGCAUUGACUCCAGUUACUCCAUUCUUGCACUAAUGCUCCAUUCAAGCCUUCUCCAGUCUCUGUCCAUCUAUCAGCAUAUGCUUCUAUUCCCUUCUCCCACAUAUGCCUCUCUAGUCUCUCCUUAAAUGCAUCACUUGCCUGUUUGAAUGCUUGGUGGUGAUUAUUUUAUAAAUAAAGUUUACAUUUGUGUAGUUA